UUGGUUGCCAAAUCGUCAACGGAGGAGAACGUGAAGGAAAAGAAGUGGCACUACCGAAUUCGGUGCGGAUUCUGUAGCGUAUAACGUAAAUUGAUUAUUUUUGUGAAAAUGAAAAAUUUCAUUUUUUUAGUCAUAGCGAGUCUCGUACUUUGUUUAGUGCCUAGUCCUGUAUUGGCACAACCUGGUGAAACGCUUGUGCUGCUAGAUAAUUUAGCCAUACGCGAAACGCAUUCAAUCUUUUUUAAAAGUUUACAAGAAAGGGGAUACAAACUUACGUUCAAAUUAGCAGAUGAUGCUAAUUUGGUACUUUCGAAAUACGGAGAGUUUUUGUACAAGCAUUUAAUUCUGUUCGCCCCCUCAGUCGAAGAAUUCGGUGGAUCUUUGAGCGUUGAAGCGAUUACGGAGUUUAUUGACAACGGUGGCAACGUGUUAGUAGCGGGAAGCUCAAGCGCUGGUGACGCUCUUCGCGAAUUAGCUUCUGAGUGCGGAUUCGAGGUAGAUGAAGAAAAUGCAGCCGUAAUCGAUCAUCUGAACUAUGAUGCGUCAGACACUGGAGAUCACACUUUGAUAGCCGCUUCGCCUGAAAAUUUGAUUGAUUCUGAAAUCAUUGUUGGAAAGAAGACGGUUGGCCCGUUACUGUACCGAGGUACGGGAUUGCUGGCCGACAAAGAGAAUCCAUUAGUCCUGCAGCUAUUGACGGCCGAUAGUAGCGCAUACAGUUAUAAUCCGGACACCCCCAUCAAGGAAUAUCCACAUGCUGUGGGAAAAGGAACAUUGCUGAUUGCGGCUUUGCAAGCUAGGAACAAUGCUCGCGUAGUAUUCUCUGGUUCUUUAUUCUUCUUCUCUGAUGAAGCAUUUUUGUCACCUGCGCAACGUACCGGCAAUCAGGAAGUAUCUAUUGCCAUUAGUAAGUGGGUCUUUGGUGAAAACGGUGUUAUCAGAGUUAAAUCGGUACAGCACCAUAAAGAAGGAGAACAUCAUCCUCCGUCUUCCUACACAAUCACCGAACCAGUCGUUUACACUAUCGAGAUCGAAACACUCGCCGAUGAUGGCAAGUGGAAACCAUUCCAAGCAAAUGAUAUUCAGUUGGAGUUCGUGCGGAUCGAUCCAUUCGUUCGAACCACCUUGAAGUCGAUUGGUGGGGGGCGAUACCAGGCUAAAUUCAAGAUUCCCGACGUAUACGGGGUCUACCAAUUCAAGGUUAAUUACGACCGCAUUGGCUACACACAACUGUAUUCGACAACACAGGUUUCAGUUCGACCACUGACGCACACUCAAUACGAACGGUUCAUUCCGAGUGCUUAUCCGUAUUACGCGAGUGCUUUCUCAAUGAUGGUCGGUGUGUUCCUUUUCUCCUUCAUUUUCUUGCACUACAAAGAAGAAUCCUCUGGAGCAUCGGUGAAACCAACCGGUAAAACAGGUGGCGGCGGUGACAAGAAGAGCCAGUAAAUCGAAUGAAAUUUUUUUUCGACUGCCUCUAGGAUCUUAGUCUAAGCUUGUAGAAAUGAAAUAAUAAAAUUCGAAUACAAACAA